AUGGACAGGAAAGGAACGCCAUUUGGCCAUGUCGCCGAUGUAUUAUAUCAGAUCGUCACAAGCAGUGACAUGGCUACGGCGUUAAACCUCUGUCUGGUGAACAAGUCUACAUACGAGACAAUCAAAGUACUAGAACCGCAUAUUUGCCGCUGGUUUAUGCGCUCGCACAACGUGGACACCUUCUCCUCCGUGCUUACCCUAGACCCGGAGACGGGUAGUCAAAUCCCUCUGACGGUCCACACACUCCCGAAGUUCAUUCGCCGUCAGCAAACAGCGAGUCAAAUCGCAUGCCGUAUUAUCCCCUCAGUAUGGGGACCUUUUUCUGAUUAUGGCUACGCAGGACUGGACUACAGCGUUGAAUUGAGGCUGGCGAAAAGACUGGAGCGAGGGCUCUAUGUGCUCUUUCAUUUUGCGGACAUUUCACACAUCAUCGAAAGACGACAGGAGGAAGAGAGAGAGUUCAUGGCCUCCACCGACUCCGAGCGGCUUUUAGUACUCGCCAAGACACUGGACAAGUAUGAUGACGUCCUGCAACAUAAGCGACAGUUCAUGACCUUCGAUGAGCACAUCAGUCACAUUUACUCUGUCUUAGAAUGGGGACAGAUGGAAGCGGACAUCGGCAGAAAACGAAUCGAGUUUCGGGGCUUCAUCGAUGCACAGACAGAAACAGAUUUCCACGCUGCCCUCAGAAUUUUGAGGGAGCUGCUGGAGCGCAUGCUCCUGAGGCAUGGGCCAAAGGACUGGCAUCGAGAUGCCAACAACGAAUAUAGCGUGAUUUCGUGGUUCCUCCUUCGGCAAACGCCUCGAACAUUGGCGAAGCUUUUCUUGAGUCCUCAGGACGAAUGUUGUCGGUUUGAUGAUAAAAGCACAGGUGACGAUACCAGGGAGUGCAUAUUCUCAGAUCCGCUGGAUAACUAUUGGAAGGAAUGGAAGGACGACCCCGGCUUAGGAUGCCGAGAUUGCGACUGCAAACGCCGAGUCAGGAGCUGGAGCGUGAGGCCUGCAGUGAUUGAUGCUCGAGGGAGAGAAUUCAACCGAGCUGCGCAAAGAUAUCUGAAGGAGAUGUGGUGUCAGAGACAUAUUGGGCCUCAGCAAGAGUCUACAUUUUGCUGUUACGAUACAUUUUGA